UUACUCACAUCCAUAAGCUUUUGACAUUUCUCUUUAUGACUUGGUUGUAUACAUAUUAAAUUUAGUUCUCGCGCAAUUUUCAUACGAUUCGGUUGGUUCGGAAGAUGUGUCUUAGAUUAAUUAUUAAUUUAUAAAGUAAAUAAUACAAAAUAAUUAAAUAUUUUUACAUAAAAAUGUUAUAAAAGUAUAGGUUUAUAGUUGUGUAGAAAAGUUACCUUGGAAAUAUUAGAGGAAAUGUGAUAAAAAAAUGUUUAAAUUUUGUUAGAAAUUCUGUGCCGGUCGUUGUUUUCUUUUCACCGGGCCGUUCGUAGCGUUUAACAACGUGUGUUAAAGUGUUAGUGAGUAAGUUAAAAAAAAGAAAGCUUAAUAAAAGCAGAGCAAAUAAAAAUGUAAGAAAGAAAAAAAGCUUUUAAAAAAUAAAAGGAAAUGAAAGAAAUUCAAAAAUGAGUUGAGUUGUUUAUGUUUUUAAGUUCCUGUAAUAGCAAAUGUUUCCGUUUUAUUGUGAGAGUGUAUGUGUAAUGUUAAAAUGAAAAUAUAAAUAUUAAGAUGUAAAGCAAAGGAAAAAAAGCUAUAUGUUAAAAAAAUGAAAAUAAAAAAUAAAGAAAUAUAAAGUAUAAGAUAAGCAUUUUGAGAAAAAGUGUUUGUGUUAAAAUUUAAAAAAAAUGUGGAAUAAAGAAAAAUGGAAAAUAAAUCGGAAAAGAUCAUUUGCAACGGAAGUCAUCAGCAAUGUACUAUUGGGGUGGUAAAAAGUACUCCGCAUAAGGAACAGUGACACAUGAGGUUUGUAAAGGACAUUUGGUGGUGAGUGUUUUUUUUUGUUUUGUAGCUUGCUAACAGAGUUGAGCUUUUAAAACAACAAUGAAUUCUACAAAAGUUGAGACCAAAGCAGCCGUUAAGGCUCAAAAGAAACAACAAAAGUUGGUGAAAAAACAACAGCUACAAAAAACCGAACAAUUAAAUAAGAAUCAGAAAAAUUCUAUACAAACUGCCAAAAACUACAAAAAUCCAACAACAACUGCCGUUAAUCACAAUAACAAUAAUAUUAAUAGCAACAAUAAUAAUCUUAAUGAAACGAACAACAACAACAACAGCACAAAUAUCAGUCAAAAAUUACGUGAAUACUAUGAACAACAACAACAACAGCAGCAACAAAAACAACUUAUCAAUAACAACAAUACCCCAACACUUUUGGCUGGCGUCCCAAACAAAUUCGAAAGAUCCGGUAGUUUCUCUUUAAAAGGUAAACUCUCAAAACUUAUCAAUUCGAUAACUAGCAGUAAGGAGAGUUUAAAUAAAAUCGAAGAUGAUAGUGAAUUACCUUUUAAGUUUACACGCAGUCGUUCUAUGAUUUUACCAAGACGUACAAAUCGUCGCAGUUUAAUAGAACCUCAACUAGAGCAAUUAUCCGAAGAAGAUCCCACCUCACCGGCUUCGCCACGUAAAAAUUCCAUAGAAAAUAAUGAAAACAAUAAUACUAACACCCCACUAAGGCCACAGUCUAUGGCUAAUCAGGCCACUUCUACGCCUGUCGACACCUCACCGUCUCAACUGCGCAAAACCUCUACACCAAUACUAAAACAAGAUGCUGCCUUUGAUCCGGUGGCAAAUUUUAAAAAACGUCGCUCCUCCACCUUAAUAUCCAGCUUUAAGACCACUUUUGGUUUAAGUUCGGAAAAGAAAAAGGAUAAAUUAAAUGAUAAAUGGCGAGCCUCACUUCAGUCCCUGCAGGCAGUAGACAAUAUGGUCAGUUAUGAGAAUAUGUCCUUUAUCGAUUAUGACAAAUUCAAUAGCUAUGAAAAGCAAUUAGAACGUAAACUCUCACAAGUUAGUCUUAUGGAUCCUUCUUUAAAUUCCUCCCUAAUACCUGACAAUUCCCUAAUAUCGGAUAACUCUUCCUAUAUACUACCCUCUCCCUGUACUCCCUCUAAUGCCACCGCCACCUCUCCCUUCGUAACGCCGCAAACAGUGGUAAGACGUCGUAAAACUAGCUCCUCGUUGCACGGGUCAGCGCGUGAAUUAGCUAAACGUCGUAGUGCGUCGCGUAAUAGUUUUCACAUGGAUCCAGAUUAUGAGCAUAAUCUGGAUAAACCGCGUAAUGUGUAUCGUGAAAGUUUGGAUUCGCGUAAACUCGAGUUACUAAAUGACAUUUCGCGUAAUUCGUAUAUCUUAGAUAGUGAUUUAGUGGAUAUAUUGGACUUGGCUUCGACACCUUUAACGGCCAGAAAAAGGCCCUACUAUAAACGCUGUGCCAGUCAGAUUAGUACGGAGCGCACGAAAGCGGGUCAGGAUGUUGUCGAUGCUGCAGUUAAAGUUCAGGUAAAUUUUUUGGAUAUUUGACUUUCUUUGGGACAGCAAGUAAGUUAAAAAGAGGAAGGUUAUGAAAUCUAAUCAAUAGUUAGUCUUUGGUCCAGUCUUAGUUUGGUCUG